GGGCAAUUUCGCAUCUCUCAUCUGAAUAUACUGUUUAUCAUCACCUUCCCCAACCCUAAUUCAUCUAAUUCUGAUUCACCCCCCCCCCCCCCAAAACAAAAAAUGUGCAGUUCAACAAAUCCUCCAACUCUAAUCUCUCUCCUCCUCACUCACGGCCACUCUCUCUCCCCUUGCCGCCAUCGCCACCUUUCUCCGAUCACUUUUCUCACUCAUUACAGUCUCAGAAGCCGCACCCUCCGCCUUUCCUCCGCCAUUGCCGAAAGAACCUCCAAUGUCUCCUGGAUUCCCCCCGAUGACGCUGCAGCCGAUGAUUUUGGUGGCUGGGCAGUUCCCGAUCAACUGACUUCCCAGAAAAAGAAAGGUUUUCCGCCAUUUUUGGUUGCUGGCAUUGGGACUUCAAUCGCUGUUCUUGUCGCUGUUUUAGCUAAUUUCGUGAUAUCAAAAAAUGGAUUCAGAUUGCCAUUAAGUAGUUCAUCUCCUGGUACUUCGGUGGAAGUUGCUGUUGAAGUCGUCGAAGCUGUACCUACUGAUUUUGAUGCAUCCGAUGAAGAGAUUGAAGUUUCAGAGAAGUCUGAGGCGGAUAUAUCUGACGUGGUGUCGAAAUCUAUGGCAUCAGAGAAGCACCAACCUCGUGUUGUUGAUGUUGUUGUGGAUUCCAAUCAGCAAGAAGCUCUGAACGCAUUGAAAAAACUGAAGAUUUUAGAUGAAAAUGUCAAAGCUAAUGAACUCUGCACCAGGAGAGAAUAUGCGAGGUGGUUAGUUCGAGUUAGUUCAUUAUUGGAAAGGAACCCAAAGUACAAGAUAACUAGUACGUCUGGGUCUGUAGUUUCUGCAUAUGAGGAUGUGACUAAUGGAGACAAAGAUUUUGACUCCAUCCAAGCCCUAGCAGUAGCCGGUGUUGUGCCAAGUAAACUGUCACUGAAACAUAAAUUUGAUGGAGAUUUGAGUUUUUCCCCUGAAAGAUUCAUAUCUCGACGGGAUCUAAUAGAAUGGAGGUCCCAGCUGGAAUAUGGUUUUGCCACCACAGGAAAUCCAGAGAUACUGAAAUCAAAAUUGGACCUAAUGGAUGUGAGGAAGACAAGCUCCGAUGAAUGGCCAGGACUUUUUAUGGAUAUGCUUGCUGGGGACAGAAGCCUACUUAGAAGAGUUUUUGGACAAAUUAGGCGACUUCAGCCAAACAAACCUUCAACAAUAGCACAAGUAGCUGUUGCACUCACAAGUGGCCGCAUGAUAGAAGCCAUUCAAAGUGAAUUGUUAAGAAUGCAAGACGAGGAAUCUUCUAGGAAAGCUGCAAAAGAAGAGAUCAGACAGGAGUUAUUAGAUCGAGGGGAGAUAGAGAGGUGCUGGGCUGAGAAGAUGGAAGAGGAGAAAAAACGUGGCCUUGAGGUGCAGCAGUUAUAUAUAGAUGCCGUCAACCUUUUGGAACAAGAGAAGAUUUUUCAAGAGGGAGCUUUAAAUGGGUUUUUGAAGGAGAAAGCUGCAAUGGACUGCCAGAAGCAACUUUUGGAGAUUCUGAAGGAGGAAAUCAAUGAAAUAUCCGAGAGGCUUGCAUCAGAGAGAACUGAACAAAUAUCUGAUGAGGAAGUAACUCAAACUCUUCGUUCUGACUUGCAAAUAAAGAAGGAAGGAAUACUUGAUGCCAAGUCUGUGCUUGAGGCUGAGAUUGAAGCUCUUCGAAUCUUGAGAUCUUGGAUCGAAGAUGAAGCAAAGAAAAGCAAAGCUCGGUCUAAGGUUCUUGAGGAGGUGGGGCAGCGAUGGAAAUGGGAUAAACAAUUAUAAGAGAUGCUUCAGGAUAAGGAAUACUCCUUAAUCGUUUGUUGCUUUGGGAAAACAUAAAGAUUUUGUUUGUUCUUUGGUCACAUUUGUGUAAUAACCUGUCUCAGGGAUCUUGUGCAUUUGUAAUUAGAUUAGGGGCAUUAGGGCUGCGUUCUGAUUUCCGUAGCCAUCAUCUUCAUGCUCAAGGAGCGACCUGACCUGACGUGUUGGCAUUGACCCUGUAUAUAUGUUAAUGGCAAAGCUGCCAUUACGCACAUGUUCAAGACCAAUACAGUAUAUUAGGCCCAUCA